UCACAACCACACCUCUCUACUCUACGAUCUCGGCACAUCACCGUCACCGGUAGCCCCACCCCCUACCGCUCACCAUGCGCCAAGCUACAGGACGCGCUCUCACGCGCGCCGCGUACCGGCCGGUCGUCGCGUCGCGCGCCAGUCCGAUUCCCUCCGCCGUUCCCUCGGCCGUGCUCCCCCGCCAGGCCGUACCUUCGCUGCAGGCCAAGCGCACCUUUUUCAACAUCUUCCAGAAGAAGAAGAAGCAGCCGCAGUUCGAACAGGGGACAGACAACAAGCUCAUCCUGUCCCAGGCCGACCUGUUCCACAAGCUCUCCGAGUCGCCGUUCGAGGCCCUCCGCGAGAAGGGCGAGCGGAUCCGCACCUACUCGAUCUGCCCUGUCUCAUACGAGAAGCACCACGAGCAGGUCCCGGUCAAGUACGAAUGCCCCAACUGCGGCUUCCCUUCGCAUGCGAGCGAGGAGCGAUGGGUCGAGGGCAAGGCGGAGCACGACGAGUACUGCCCCCGUAUCCGCGAGGUGAACGAGGACGAGCACGACAUUCGUAGCGGCCGCCGUAUUGUCGAGUUUGAGAACAUGCCCGGUAUUCAGCCAUACGAGCAGGCCGUGUCGCUCGCGACGUGGGACUCGUUCUUCUUCACGCGUGGCUUCGUGUCCAUCAACUCGCCACGGGCAAUCCGCCACGUCUCCAAGCUCAUGACGUACCCGAUCACCAUCCUCAGUGUGCUGCACCAGAACGGUCCCUUCAACGCUAGCAAUGGCCGCAUCACCCACGAGGGCAGGAGAAGCAUGGCCGCGAUCCACUCCACGAUCCACCCUCCCCCCGGCACGACGAUUGAGAGGUCGAGCGACAUUCGGCCAAUGCCCCCCGUGCGCAUCUUCAUUCUCGGAGCGCGUGCCGAGUCGACGCUCCCUGCCGACCUGUGGCUGCAGGUCGCUCACCUCUUCCCCACGACUCAGUUCAACAUCUUCUUCAUCGGCCCCGAGGCCGGCAUCCCCAUUGUCGACGGCCGCAAGCGCGAAUACCUCAAGAUGGAGACCGAGGGAAGCAAGUAUGGCUACCCGACCUGCGACUUCAACGUGAGCCCGCAGCUCAAGCUCACGUCGAUCCAGUCGACGUACCAGAACGUGCACAACCAGCUCGGCCCCUUCGACCCCUACCAGGACGUCUUCUUCGCCUUCUCGCCUGGACUCGGAUUCCCCGACCAGUCGCCCGAGAACAAGCAGGAGGGCCAGCAGCCGCUCGUGCAGGCCGAGACGUCGUGGCGCAAGCCACUGCAGCAGAUUCUCGAGACCAAGUGCGGUCUCUUCUUCACUGCCUUCUCGCCUACCGACCUCGCGCGCGACGUGUCGGCCGUCUACGGCACGCAGCCGCCCACGGCCGGCCCCGACAGCCCAAGCGAGUACCCUUCGUCUGUCCGCCUGCCGACGACGCCGGCACCGCCCAUUGAGGGCGUGACUGACGAGUUUGAGCUCAUCCUCACCCCCGGCGCCAACCCCUUCGGCUCGCGCAAGUGGGAGAUUGCCGAGUGGGACAUUCGCGUCGGUGUCAAGACAAACUGGGGCAUCUGGGGUAUCCGCGGCAAGCGGUACGAGGUGACCAACAACGCCGAGGAGGAGGCCGAGAAGGAGGAGGAGUAGACGUAAAAUCGCUCCACGAGGACUAGACGCAAAACUCCAUCACGGGCAAUUUACAUGCCUCUACAUGGGCAACUUACAUGCAUACCACUCUAGCAUUACA